GGCAGAGACUGGUCUGACUCAGAGUCUCUAUACAUGGCUCUGAUCUGAAUCAGAGCUCUGCAUCUAAAUAAUACACUAACUCCUCUUGUUUAUCAACGACUUCCGCUCACUGCCAAGUAUACAAAAUUCAUAUAAAAUAAUGCGCAUGUGCCGUCGCUCAACCAACAGAUCCGCAUUGCAUCGAAUAACAGAUCCGCAUCGCGUCGAAUAACAACAGCCAGAAUCGAAACAGCGUGCGUGGCUCAACUAUGUCUCAAGAUAAAAUAUCUUCUCUUCCAGACAACCUCACUUCGACUGCCGACGAUGAAGUUGUUAUUAUCGACCUAGAAAACGAAGAACAACCCGCAACGGAAGAAACGACAGAUGAACCCGAAGAAACAAGCGCAGUAGCGAAAGAAGAGACGUCGAUUGCCAAAGCAAUCGCAGGUGCCGACCUCAUGAGCCAUCAGACCGCAUCACUGACAUUCCGCCUCUUCAUCUGUUUGAUAUUUAUACUCAUUACCAGUAUCUAUCCCUUGCUGAUGGCACUGACGAAGGACAAUGGAAAGUUUGUCUACCAUCCGAGUGCUGCUGUUCUGUUACAAGAGCUGAUGAAGUUUACAAUCAGUGUGAUCAUGUGUGUUGCAGUAGGGGCCAAGUUAGAUGGUCUCAAUGGCAGGAGUAUCGCCAUACUAUCUGUUCCAUCCAUUCUUUACAUGCUGGGAAACAACUUGAGUUAUUUAGCGUUGGAGUAUGCGUCUCCUGUUAGUGUCAAUGUGUUAGGGAACUUGAGACUUCUAAUGGUUGCUAUUGUGUAUCGACUCAUUCUGGCUCGGCCGAUUUCUCUCGUUCGAUGGGUGGCGAUGGGUGGUCUCCUCAUUGCUGUUAUAUUUUCUCAGUUGAGGAAUGAUUUAAAGUUUGCUGUAACGAUGUUGGGUCUGGUGGUCAUCCUCGUAAAGUCGCUGUUGUCUGUUGGAACUGGUGUGUACACGGAACUGGUGCUGAAGCAUCAUGUGAGCAAUUUUCAUGUUCAGAACCUUCAGAUGUAUGGAUGGGGUGUGGUCGCAAAUUUGGGUUUGUUUCUCUACAAUAACGACAAGCCUCUCGCACAUGUUGCAAAUACGUUUCUUGAGGGAUUCACAUCGCUCGUCUGGUUUACUGUCAUUCUUGCAGCCAUAAACGGGAUUUUCAUUGCUGCUGUUAUGAAGCAUCUUGAUAAUAUUGCAAAGUUCUUCUGUACUGCGAUUGCCAAUGUUCUGCUGGGCAUAGGGACUGCCUACUUGAUGCCCAGUGAAUUCCAGUUCACUGUUUUAUUUCUGAUAUCGGCCAUCAUGAUUGGUUUUUGCUCAUAUAUCUAUUCUGUGAAUAGAAUUCCUAGUUUUAUGUAUGGACGCAUUCACUUCUAUAGAUUUGAUGCAGGAAACUGAAGUAUCAUGUUUCAUACAGGAAGAAAUUGUCACACAACUGGUGGACAGGGUCACCAAUCUUAUAGGUCACUUACCGUAGGCUACGCUCUGUUUUCACACUUACUGUACAUUCAACAUGUCACUAGAAGAGUCAUUAACAGCUGCCUAUUUAGUACAUUGGUAAGUUCUUUGUUAUGUAUUCGAACAUUUGUGAAAGGCUGUACCUACAGUGUAUUAGUACGAAGUGAAAUA